AUGGGUAGGUGCGGCGGCAUGGCGUUGUACCUGAUCAUGGCAAUCGUCUUGCCCGUUGUUCUCUUCGCAUCGUCUGCAAAUUGUCGUCCUGAGCCACUCGACGCCAACAAGGCGAGCAGCAAUGGCCAUGCCAUGGCGCUCAACGACUCCACGGCAACGACGACGUCAUUAGUCAAUGGCAGCAGCGGUUCCGGCGGCGGCGACGUGAAGCUGGUGUGGUGCAUCAUGAGGAAGUGUGUGUACGAAGGCCGUGGAAACGCCCCCUGCUUCUGUUGCGCGGCCAUGAAGCCGAACGCGUGCUACGAAACGAGGGACCAGUGCAACGGCAACUGCGUGUAGCUGUAGCCGACGCCGAGCGAUGAGAGAUCAUAUCGAUCGAUCGAUCCAUCAGGCAUAUAUAUCAGCCAUAUCGUCGAAUGACUAAACAAACAACUGCGUGUUUUUUUUAUUUGUGUCUUUGAUGAAGAACUGUGGUAGUUGCAUUGUUAUAUCUUCUCUGAUGUACAAGCAGUACCCUUGAUUUCAAUCAUAUAAUAUCUCAUGUCGAU